AUGGAUGAAACGUACGAUGCAGUAAUCCUCGGCACAGGUGUGUCUGAAUGUGUGCUUUCUGCUUUAUUGUCCGUUGAAGGCAAAAAGGUACUUCAUAUUGACAGAAAUGACUACUAUGGUGCCGAAUGUGCCUCAUUGAACCUGACGCAGCUGUACAACAAGUUCCGUCCUGGCGAGCCCGUGCCAACAGAUAUCGGACGAGACCGUGACUAUGCUGUAGACAUGAUUCCUAAGUUCAUGAUGGCUAACGGCGAGAUUGUGAAUAUGCUUGUCCACACGGAUGUUACUCGAUAUCUUGAGUUCAAGCAGAUCAGCGCUAGCUAUGUGUACCGUGACAGGCGCAUUGCUAAAGUGCCAAGCACUGAGAUGGAGGCUGUGCGAUCUCCGCUCAUGGGUCUCUUCGAGAAGCGUCGCGCCAAGCGGUUCUUUGAAUUUCUCCAAAAGUGGCGCGAUGACGACCCUUCGACGCACCAAGGCAUUGAUCUAGACUCGUGGCCUAUGGAAAAAGUAUUCGCCCACUUUGGUCUCGAGGCAGGCACGCGCGACUUCAUCGGCCAUGCUAUGGCACUAAAUCUAGAGGACUCAUACAUGAAACGCCCAGCACGCGAGACGUAUGAACGUAUUCUGUUAUACACCUCGUCCAUGGCGCGCUACGGCAAGUCACCAUACAUCUACCCUCUGUACGGAUUGGGUGAACUGCCACAAGGAUUUGCGCGUCUCUCGGCCAUCCACGGAGGCACGUACAUGCUUGACAAGCCGGUCGACGAGAUUGUCGUGGACGAUCAGGGCCGUUUUGUCGGCGUGCGCAGCGGCCAAGAAACUGUCAAGGCCAAUUUGGUCGUUGGUGAUCCAAGCUACUUCCGCCAAGUGGGUGGUAAGUCGUUAGUUCGUGACACAGUCAAGGUCGUCCGUGCCAUCUGCAUUCUGAAGCACCCCAUCCCCAACACGGAUAACUCGGAUUCAGUACAGCUUAUCAUCCCUCAAAACCAGGUGGGCCGGAAGAAUGAUAUAUACAUCGCUGAAGUAUCGUCGGCCCACAACAUUUGCGCGCCGGGUAUUUAUGUUGCACAAGUGUCUACGAUCGUUGAAACAGACAAGCCAGAACUCGAGUUGCGCCCCGGUCUCGAUUUGCUUGGUGAAAUUCAUGACAAGUUUGUGACAGUCUCUGCCCUUGAAGAGCCGAUCGAUUCUGGCCGCGACAACAAUAUCUACAUCACACGUUCCUAUGAUCCUACCUCGCACUUUGAAACGGUGGUCGAGGAUAUCCACGACGUUUGGCGUCGCAUGACCGGUCAACCUUUGGUCCUCAAGAAGCGUAACGAGGAGGACGCUGCACAGGUACAAGCAUAA